AAGUUUAGCAUAGCCUAAAGAAACUGAUUUCCAACAAAACAGCUUCGAAAAGGAGAUUGCUAUUUUUAUUAUGCUAAAAAUUCGCAGGUGCAUUAUGGGUAACUACUUUACCUCAGACUCGAGGUGAAUGUGGUGAUAGUGGAGUUAAAGAAUCGGUUGUUUCAAGUAAUUUAACUGAUUUGUUCACCUUGAGGGUUCCAGGAAUGGAUCGCUCGGAAGGAAUGGACACGCUAGACAACGGAGGCAUGUCGGGAGGCAUGCCCCCUCACAUGGGCAUGGGCAUGGGCGGCCACGCGCCGCCGCCGGACAUCAAGCCGGACAUCUCCUCGCUCACCUCGCCCACCUCCACGCACGGCUACUACGGCUUCGGGGGCCCCGGUGGCAGCAUGGCCUCGUCCACCCAGCCCUCCCCUGGCCCGCCCCAGAUGCACUCCCCGGGCAUGCACUCGCCGACCUCGUCCAUGGGCUCGCCGCCCGCAAUGUGCCUGAGCCCCUCGGGCCCCAGCCCGUCCCCCGGUUUGCCCCACUCGUCGCUGCACACCAAGCACAUCUGCGCCAUCUGCGGCGACCGCGCCUCGGGCAAGCACUAUGGAGUCUACAGUUGUGAGGGGUGCAAGGGAUUUUUCAAGCGUACUGUGAGAAAGGAUUUAACCUACGCAUGUCGCGAUGACAAGCAGUGCAUGAUUGACAAACGACAGAGGAACCGAUGUCAGUACUGCCGCUACAUGAAAUGCCUGUCCAUGGGCAUGAAAAGAGAAGCUCUUACAGCGGUCCAGGAGGAGCGGCAGCGGGUCAAGGAGAAGGGCGACGGGGAGCCGGAGAGCACCAGCGGGGCCAACAACGACAUGCCCGUGGAGCAGAUCCUGGAGGCGGAGCACGCCGUCGACCCCAAGAUCGACAACUACAUGGACGUUCAGAAAGACCCCGUGCUGAACAUAUGCCAGGCAGCGGAUAAACAGCUUUUCACCUUGGUGGAGUGGGCCAAGCGCAUACCACACUUCACAGCUCUGCCUUUGGAGGACCAGGUCAUUCUACUGCGGGCAGGCUGGAAUGAGCUCCUGAUCGCGGGCUUCUCCCACCGCUCCAUAAUGGCCAAGGACGGCAUCCUACUGGCCACAGGGCUUCACGUGCACCGCAGCAGCGCCCACCAGGCGGGCGUGGGCACCAUCUUUGACCGCGUGCUCACCGAGCUGGUGGCCAAGAUGAGGGAGAUGAAAAUGGACAAGACGGAGCUGGGCUGCCUCAGGGCUGUCGUUUUAUUUAACCCCGAUGCAAAAGGCCUGUCGGCCGUGCAGGAAGUGGAACAGCUGAGGGAGAAGGUGUAUGCGUCGCUGGAGGAGUACACCAAGACACGCUACCCGGAGGAGCCCGGGCGCUUUGCCAAGCUGCUCCUGCGUCUGCCGGCCCUGCGCUCCAUUGGCCUCAAGUGCCUGGAGCACCUGUUCUUCUUCAAGCUGAUCGGCGACCGGCCCAUCGACACUUUCCUGCUGGAGAUGCUGGAGAACCCCAGCCCGCAGACGUAGCAGCACGGCUACUAGAACACGCCAGGCGCGCCAGAGGGGACUGAAUGUGUUGUGCUCUGUGUGUGUGUGCUGUGUGUGCGUGUGUGUGUGGGAGCCAGAGAAGAUGUGGGCGAGAGAGUUGAUGAGGAAGAAGUAUCUGUUUGCUCGAGAGGAUGAGGAGCAUAGUUUUUUUUUUUUUUUUUUUUUUUUUUUUUGGUUUGGCUGUAUGUCAUUUUAAAAUCUUUUUCAGAUUGUUUUAAAAAAAAAAUUUUAACGUGUCGUUGUUCAGUGUUGUGAUUAUAUACGAUUCAUGGAGGUUGGGGAAAAUGUCAUCGUAGGAUUCUUAUCACACAGCUGUUCUCUGGUUUUUGUAGACCCAACAAAGGCAGCUUUGUACAUUUUAUGCUGUUCUGUCUUGCAAAGUCUGGGGAUGUUGAAAAUCAACCUGAAAUGGUUCCUUUUUUUAAAAAUCGUUUUUGUUCUGCAGGAUGGAAAUCUUACCAUCGUUGGUGAAGCAAAAUGCAGAAUUAUUUUAGUAGGGAGUGAGAGGGGUGUAUUUUCAGCGGUCUAUAAUUUAUCACGAUGUUAGCAUGUCAGAAAUUGUGCAAUAGUUUUGUCUGCAGUUUUAUAGAUCACAUUUUGUGUAAGAUGUCUCUUGGUCAUAGAAAGGGUUGGUUUCAUCUUCUGAGGGGGGGGGAGCUGCAUUCGUUGGACAGAUAUUGAUGGUGUUGAGCACUAAUGUGCCCCCUUCAAAAUUGCGUAAGACCUGUUUUUUUGUUUGUUUGUUUUUUUUGCUUUACCAUAUAACAGGGUUGAAUAUCAAAUAGAUUGUCUCAGUAAUUGGAGUCCAAAUUUUAGUGAAUAGAAAUGCUUGGAACCAUGACACAAAAUUUGAGUUGAAUUGGUCUUUGAUAGAUAUAUAUAUAUAUAUCAGACAGUUUUAGCCUCUCAUGUUAACCUGGCAUCCUGAGAGAUGUCCCUUGGGUGUCUGACACUAUUGAUGUACAGCUGGUGAUUCUUGUGACAUUGAAAGAAAAUGACCCGAGUUGUGUGGAGGGGAUUGGUUAGGCUGUUUGCGUUUUCUCCUUGGAAGAUUAACAAAUUGUUUGCUGCUUUGUUCCGUCAGAUUUCUGCAGCAUUUUUGACAAUAAAGUUUUAUCUUGUAUUAUCUUUGAAUGUUUUCUUGCUGAAAUUUAUUUUUUUCCUGGGGUUUAUUUUUUUGGAUGAUUGUUUUCCUGAAUGGUCUUGAGACUAAUAUGUUUCUUUUUAAGGGGGGAUUAAUGGGUUGCAGCUUUUAUUUUCUCUGCAUCUUUUUUUUAACCUGCUCUGAUAUCUAUAGGGCAAGGCAAACGGCUGUAGAAAUUGGAAAUUUUUUUAUGAAGAUGCUUUAAGUGUUAAGAGACACACUUUUCUAGGAUUGUGUAAUUGUAAAUACACGGCGGAAUUGAUGUUGCUUGCAUUGGAGAGGGAGACUUUAAAAAAUUAGGAGCUCCUUUCUUGUCUUAAACAGAUGGUAUGGAAUAUGAAAAACGCUAAUUGUGACAUUUUUCAAACUUCCAUUUUUAGUAUUUUAUGUCGGAGUGGUUAUGGACUCUGAGCUGGUGGCUUUCAAUACCAUCAGUGAUUAAUUCAGCAGUUUAAUUUGACUUAUGCGAUUACAAUGUGCCAGGUUAAAUCAUCUAAUUUGAAUGUCUUCAUUUAUUUUACAACUACUGUAUUGAGAUUUUUCAAAGGAUUUUGCGAAAUUUUGUCUCUAUAGGAGAUCCUGUUUUUAAAAGGAUGACUUAUGGACUGGCGUCCGCUGCCCUUUAGAUUUGACAAAAACUUUUAAACGCAUUUUACUCGAUUAUUCUUGUGGAUAAUUUCAGCUGUUGUUUCAUGUCCAUGGGAGUGCUUCGUCUUUUGUCUCAAUUCUUUGUCAACGGUCGAAGAUUUCGUCAGGUCCAAGUGUAGAUGUGUUGAUGGUGUGUCUGUCUGUCUACCUUGCCCUGUGGUGUUUCUUUCUUCACUCCAUUUUUACCUGUGUAUGACAACAUAUUUCUGAUUGUAUGCUGGACCAUUGGGACCUUCUUAGGUAGUAUUUUCUGUGAAAGUAUGUUUGUUUUUUUGUCGGGGUUUUUCCUUUUGUCUUUUAGACUCUGGAAAUUUUUAACUGUUGAGCUGUGCUUAGCCUUGCUUAUUAUCUUUUCAUUAUCUUUGGUGGCACAGCGCACACUUACUGGUCCGUGGGGGCUCGGGUGUGAUUAGCUCUUUUUCUCUUAUCUAACAAUUAUUGUUCUUAUGUGUCUUUAUCUUUCCUCCAUCCUUUCUUUUUAGGAUACUCUUUAGCCGCCCUUCCAAUCUUGAUCACUUAUAUGACCUUAUUUGUGUUGCAAGUGCCGUAAAACUUACUAAAACUAAACACCCCGAGCCCCAACCCCAAAUUCACAUCGUUUCCAUACAGUGGAUCAGGUUUGGGUGGAUUUUGUGAUGAUGUACAAGACAGGAGACAGAGAAAUUACCAUUACAAUACUACUACCAGCUUCCUGAGUUGCUCCUUUGCUAGCUACAGUUAGAAGUUGUUUGCCCAUACUCAGUAAAAAGAAUAAAAUGGAAUCGUUGACAUGGGAAAAGAUGAAUUGCUCUUGAUGUGUAUGUUCAUGUCCAUUUCUGUGGCUUUUGUUCGCAGGGGUUAACAGGAGGGGGGCAGGGGUGGGUUCUUUUUAUAGAUUUUUCGUAUGUUCUUCCUCUCCCAUUUUUUUGUGUGCAUUAUUGAAUGAGUAACUUGAUCUAUAUAUUUAUAUAUAUAUACACACACACACAGCUCUUGAAACCGCUUAUUGUGAGAUCCGGUGGGUUUGGCCGUUCUGCCCGGUUGGUCGGUCGGUCUGUCCUGUGGUGACGGAGGGAGACACUCACGCAGUGCGUGCACGUGGGGCCGUCUGACUGUUGUCGUUGAGUCUGCUACCAGUGGCCGAACUGGUUGUUACUAUUGUAUUGCCUGUAAAAUACUUUUGUGCUGUUUAAACGAUUCAUCCCACCCCCCACCCCAUUCAGUCAUUUUGAGGUUGCCAUGCGUGUAUGAUUUUCUGCCCUGGUUCGGAUUUAAUUUGAAAUGAUUUUUUUUUACAUUUAUUAUUACUGUUCAAGUUUUUAUUUUGUUUCCCUGCACUUUAGUCUCUCUUCAGUCUGUAGUGUAGCUGUUACUUACCUCACAGUAGCAUGCAGAAGACGUGGGUUUGAAUUCGCCUUAGGGAGAAAUUUAAAAUCGAGUAUUUUUUGUCUUUAUCCUGGGACAUUGUCCCCUUCUGCCCGGGUUGGCCAUGACAGGCAGGGCUGAAGUAGCCGGCCUCCUUAACCACCUAAAUUGUGUUGAUAAGGGCAGAAAGCGUGUACUAUUACUCAGCCUGAGCUGUGUCAGGUUUUGUGUAAAAACUUUUAUAUUUUGCUUGUCGUGUCUUUGAGGGGUUUUUUUCCUUCUGUUUUGGCUGAAUAAUAGGGAGGUUUGUGGUAAAGUUAUGACUGAAAGAAAGGUUUGUCGGAGAGGAUUUUGUUUUGGUCUUGAACAGAUGAUCAAAGUUGAGUUGUGUUCAGUGACAUAUGUGAAAUGAUAGUCCCCAGUUGCCAAAUUUCUUGUGUCUGACUGGAAUCUAUCUCGCCUCUCUUGGAAUGUUCCCUCGCAAGAAUGUGGACUGUCAGUGGUUUGGGUAAAACUGAUGCUGAUGAGGAUUUUGGUUGUGGAAAUUCUAACUGCUGUUGUUGACUCAUAGUUGGUGGUACUUGCAUUCGCAUGUGCUGUCCCUAGGGAAAGUAAAAGGCAAACGAGGCAGCGGUAGAUAAGGAACAGUCAACUCUCUCUCUCUCCCCCUGCCUCCUGGCACUGUGACUUAAUUGGCCAGCAAUGCUGACAACACGCAGGAACUCGACGCUCGCUUGGGGGUCCUUGAACUAUGCUGAUCGUGGGUCGCUGAAAUGUCCCAUCAGUAGACGUGUUUUGGCACGAUAGUUGGCUGGACAUUUCAGGAAUACGUGGUCCCACAGCCAGCUGAGAGAACCUGAAUACGUGGGUGAUGGGAAGAUGGGAGUAACAUCCCAGGUUUAUGUAGAGCACCUGUGCGGAGAAAUGAAUGAGGAACUUUGGUCGCUGUCUGUUACGGAUGAGACACAUGGUGAUGAUGAUUUAGUUGACUCUUACCUCCGUCUCCAUUUUCGGUGUUUGUAAUGUCCACAUUGUGAGUGCAACAAAAAAAAGUGGAAUUAUGGAAGUAGAAAGUGAUUCGUGGCAGCGCAAACAGGGGUUGAGAUAUGGGAUUGAUGUUGAUGAUUGCGAUUGUCCUGCACAGCGGUUAUAGAGCGCCCAUUUAGUUUCGGCUGGCGCGAGGCAAGCAAGCCCGCGCUUCCCCAGGUCACGGGGUCAUUUACCUGCGCCGCCGGGGUUUUCCCUAAUCAGCCGAACACCGGCAGCGCUCUUGUAUUUUUUGCAAAGUUUACCAGCACAGUGAGCCAAAGCUAAUGUAAGAUGAAUAUUUUAAUAAAGACCACGUAAAUAUUCAACAUAUUAAGGAAGAAAAUGAAGAAAUCGGAAGAACAUGGUACAUUACACUUAAAAGCUGUGAGGUUCUCAAAAAGGGGACUUAAUUUGAUAAAUGUGUCAUGGGUAAUCAAUUAUAAACAUCGAUUUAAAUAUGAUUGCCCCCAACGAAUUCAAUCAAAUUUGCACACAGGACUGAGAACAUAAUGAAAUUUGUACUGACAAAGGGGCAUAUGCACGAAGUUUCUGGAUCCGUAAUUAUUCAGGUUUGAAGUUGAUUUUUGCAAUACUCUUGCUUUGCGACCUUGUUUUUUCAUAGCGAUAACCACGAUACAUGUAACUACAGGACAGAUCUUUUCUUGCCGAUACACUUAUGAAAACACAACCUAAACACAAAAUA